AAAUCAAGGUACUACGUAGAGGACAAUCCGGAGAGAUUGGAACCAUUGGAUCAUCCGCAUAAUCCGAUCUGAACAUCAGACCAUACCCGCUUACUUCCCAGUCUUUGGCCCCAACCAAAAAUUCCCAAAUCCCAUUUCAUCCGAUCGUUUAAAACCAAGUGGCGGUCUCCCCCAACUUCUCCUCUUUCCCCCUUCCUCAACUUACCCCCUCUUUCCCCUCAUCCUCUCCAACUAUCCAGCAUGGCGACUACCAACGACCUUCCUGCCGUCGACGUGGACAGCUAUGACUAUAUCGUCGUCGGCGGUGGUACCGCUGGCUGUGUCAUUGCCGCCCGUCUGGCCCAGUAUCUCCCUAACAAGCGCACACUCGUCAUUGAGGGCGGUCCCAGCGAUUUCACCGAUGACCGUGUCCUCAACUUGAAGGAGUGGCUGAGCCUCCUCGGCGGCGAGCUGGAUUACGACUACCCUACUACCGAGCAGCCAAACGGCAACAGCUUCAUCCGUCACUCCCGCGCCAAGGUCCUGGGCGGCUGCUCCAGUCACAACACUCUGAUCUCGUUCCGCCCCUUCGAGUAUGAUUGCCAGAACUGGGUCGCCAAGGGCUGCAAGGGCUGGGACUUUGAGACCUUCACCCGCAUGAUUGAUGGCCUGCGCAACACUUUCCAGCCCGUGCACGCUCGUCACCGCAACCAGCUGUGCAAGGAUUGGGUCCAGGCCUGCUCCGACGCCAUGAACAUUCCUAUCAUUGACAACUUCAACGCAGACAUCCGCAGGAACGGUGAGCUGACCGAGGGUGUCGGCUUCUUCAACGUCUCCUACAACCCGGAUGAUGGUCGUCGCAGCAGUGCCUCCGUUGCGUAUAUUCACCCAAUUCUGCGUGGCGAUGAGAAGCGCCCCAACCUGACUAUCCUCACCAACGCCUGGGUUUCCAAGAUCAAUGUCGAGGGUGACUCCGUCACCGGUGUCAACGUGACCCUGCAGUCUGGUGCCAAGCGCACUCUUCGCGCCAAGAAAGAGACCGUCCUGUGCGCCGGUGCCGUCGACACCCCUCGUCUGAUGAUGCUGUCCGGUCUGGGCCCCAAGGAGCAGCUCUCUGCUCUGGGUAUCCCCGUCAUCAAGGACAUCCCCGGUGUCGGUGAGAACCUCCUCGACCACCCGGAGAGUAUCAUCAUGUGGGAGCUCAACUACCCCGUUCCCCCCAACCAGACCACCAUGGACUCCGACGCCGGUAUCUUCCUGCGUCGCGAGGACGCCAACGCAGCUGGUUUCGACGGCCGGGCCGCCGACAUCAUGAUGCACUGCUACCAAAUCCCCUUCACCCUCAACACCGCCCGCCUGGGCUACGACGAGCCCAUCAACGCCUUCUGCAUGACCCCCAACAUUCCCCGCCCCCGCUCCCGCGGUCGUCUCUACCUCACCUCCUCCGACCCCUCGGUAAAGCCCGCGCUGGACUUCCGCUACUUCACCGAUCCCGAGGGAUACGAUGCCGCCACCAUUGUCUACGGUCUCAAGGCGGCCCGUAAGAUCGCCGAGCAGUCGCCCUUCAAGGAGUGGAUCAAGCGGGAAGUUGCCCCCGGCCCCGCCUGCCAGACCGACGAGGAGCUGUCCGAGUACGGCCGCCGUGUGGCGCACACCGUGUACCACCCGGCCGGUACCACCAAGAUGGGUGAUGUGUCUCGCGACCCCAUGGCCGUCGUGGACCCCACCCUGAAGAUCCGUGGUCUGAAGGGUGUUCGCAUUGCAGAUGCCGGUGUCUUCCCCGAUAUGCCCACGAUCAACCCCAUGCUCACCGUUCUGGCUAUCGGUGAGCGUGCCGCGGAGCUGAUCGCCCAGGAGGCUGGCUGGGCCCGCUCGCAGCCCCGUCUGUAAGUCUCCUCUAUUCGGGGGACUUGAGGUAGGGGGAGGUCUUCUUCAUGCCGGGCAUUGGGAUCCUGGAUUGACCCAGACCAUCUAUUCCGCGUGAAAAGUUUCGUUUUUCUGUUCUGUUUUGUGUUUAGCAUAUGAGCGAGUAAGCGGCGCAGAGUUCCGCGAGGAUAUGGGGGAUACGCAGACCGGGAGUCUUACCGCGUCUUUUGGAAGACACUUCCUCCCGGUCUAUUGGACUCCGCUAGACGGACCCGGUGUUUUGGAUCUUUUGGAACAUAUUCACAUAUAUAUAUAUCAACGGGAUGAUACGAUGUGCGAGUUUGAAAUUUGUUAAGUAAGAUUUUCAAGAUUACUUUGGCUAUUUACUGUAUCAAAGGUAUGACGAGGAUAUGUUGAAAACCCUUCGAAAUAUCUGAGAUCUGGCGGUUGAAACACCAAUCUCAAAACCGAAUUCGAACGUGACAAAUAGAGGGAGGAGCCAUCCGAUGGUGAUUUCGAGAGGACGGAGUCUUGAUACUUGUAUUUGGCCGGCCGUCGUAGUUUCCAUUGUCGUUAUGUUGAUCCUAGAAACCUUCGAUCUGUCUGGAGAUCCAUGUAGAUCGUCUAUCUAGAUUGCGACACUUCCGUUGGAGCUCCUCCAAAGAUAGUGCUGCCUCUGACAUCCGUCCGUCACAUUCGUCCAUUGGCUUCUUCGCCAGGGUAACGGUCGAAUAGACUGCAAACGUAUCUCCCAUGAUAGAAGUCAUGACGCGGUCGUUGAUUAUUGCUUCCAUUUCGCCAAAGACCUUUUUGAGUGUAUCAUUCAUUUGGCUUGACGAAGUUGAAAUGAUGUUUUGGAAAAUUUUCCCGUUCUCAAUUCGGUCUUGAACCUUUUCAAGAG